GAGGCUGUUGUUGGUGGAGAGGAGGAGGAAGAGAUUGAUGACAGAGCUCAUGAAAAGCUACUGACGUCUAUAUAUGCGCUCAGUGGAAAGAAAAGAUACACAAAUGUUGUACGAGGCCUCCCGUCUACAUCCAGCAGUGUGGAUCUUAUUGUACAUGCAAAGUCCAAAAUUCGACUGGAAGAUCUAAAAAUGAAGCCAAGUAAAGGGAAAAGUCAGCUGAAGAAACCUAGAACUAGUCUUGAGACUGAGAAAGCCCAGCGGCAGAUAGCCAGAGACACUAUGGCUUCUGAGAUGUCAAAAUGGGAUCCGGUUGUCCAUGAGAUCAGAGCUGCUCCGCAGGUGAUUUUCUCAAAACGGCCACAUGGUAUCAAAAUGUACGAAGCCGUCCAGCCAAAAGCGUUCACACCUCGAACAGCGUUAGAAAAAGAAAUAUAUGAAGCUUUGGGGAAAAGUGAAGACGUCUUGAGACCAGAUCAAAAAUUGACAGUGGCUGAGCAAAGAGCCUUGAAGGUUAUGUCUGUCAAAGAGGCUAAACAACGUCGUGCAGAAUUGCUAAGACACCAUGAGCUUCUGUCAAGAAUGGAACUGAAAGCAAAAUGGCAGAAUAAAAUCAAGAGCAAAAGGUAUCGAAAAAUAGUGCGGAAGGAGAAGGUGAUGGCUGAAAAGAAACUUUUAGAGGAGCUGCAGAAGGAAAACCCUGAAGCAUUUUUGGAGAGACUGGGCCAGAUUGAGAGGGACCGAAUGGAGGAACGCUUGACACUGAAACACAGAGGCGGAGGCAAGUUCUCAAGGAUGCAUAAGGCAUAUAGCAAGUUUGAUGACAAGACAAGGGAAUCCAUUCAAGAAAUGUUGCAGAAGAGUCGUGAGCUAACUAAAAAACAACAGGAGGCCAGCAGUAGCGAGGAUGAAAGUGCUAACGUUAACACCAGUGAAGCAGACAGAAAGAUUGAAGACAUGAAUGAAAGUGAUGGUGAAGAUGACGAUGAUGCAAAGAAGACAGGUGCCAGAGCCAGCCAGCUGGAGUUUUUGAAAGCUGUGAAUAAAAAAGCAGGUGGUUGGUUGGAUGUCCACAAGACAACAUUUGUCUAUACCCAGCAGGCAUCUCAGGCUGUUGCAGAUGUACACACAGAUGGUGCAAACAUCGAUGCACACAUCAGUGGGAUAGCUUCUGUGGGUAAUGGUGUGUCAUUAGAAGCAGAGACUCAUGGUGAUGAUUAUACUGAAAAAAUUUCAGUUUCAGCUGAUUCUGAGAAGGAUCCCUCUAAUGAAGUCACACAGACAUCAAAAGACACAGUUGAUUUAGUCAAGCAUCGUCCAGAACACACGCACAGUCAGGCAAGUUCUCAAGAUAGUGAGGUUUCAGAUAUUCCACUGAUUACAUCAGAAGAGAAAAAGAAAAAAAGGCGAAAAAGAAACCCCAAAAAAGAUCAAGAAAAUCCUAGCAACAGUAGUGGAGCUUCUGUGUCCAAAGAAAAACCAGUGGAGGAAGUGACAUUGCUGGUGGUCUCAGACAAGACUAAAGAUGAUAACAGUGAUGAAGAAAUGACUGUAACGAUGGAGGAGCUGUUUCAGGACGAAGAUGUUGUGGAGCAGUUCGCUCGGGAGAAGGCCGAAGCAGAGGAGAAAAGUCGACCUAAACUGGAAGAUGCUAAACUGCCAGGUUGGGGCAGCUGGGCUGGUCCGGACUAUAAAUCCAGCAGGCAGAAUCAGAAACAGAAACAAAAGGAGAAGAUAAAACAGCCCAACGUCUGGUUGAAUCCGGAUAGGGAUGCGGCCAUGCGAAAGCUGCAGCCGAAGACUGUUCCGUUCCCCUACACGUCAGUGCAACAGUACGAGGCAUCUGUUCGGCAGCCAGUCUCACGAGGGUUUGUGCGAGAGACGGCGUUCAAGUUGUUAACGAAGCCGGAGGUGGUUACCAAGCUGGGUCAUAUAAUAAAGCCUCUGGAUAAGGACGAUUAUGUCAAGGAAAGAGAAAUUGAAUUUGACGAUGAGCCCAAAACAUCUUCCUCUCAUAAAAAAAGAGGACAGAAACGAAAGUCUGUAAAAUGA